AUGUCACUGAUCGCGUUGGACGCGCAAGAGGAACAAAAAUUAGACGGUCUUUCUACCACCAAAAUUGAACGCCCUGCGAAGAGUGAACAUCCGGCAGACAGCAAAGACGAUGGGGAGCCCCCGAACAAGAGGCAGCGAGUCGAGGAGUUAACGCCUCUGUCCAAACAGAAGCAGAAGGACAAGUUUCCGUCACCACCAUGGAAAGAGGUGAAGGCUGAAGGCCCGUCGUCCUUUACUCUGGAUGGAAAGAGGAAGUCCGGCCGUACAAACCAUAUACCCUUCGAGCUGCAGCCUGCGUCCGGGAAAAGGCAGACAAGAGGCGCGCAGAAGGAACACUCGACCAAAGGCAUGCAGGGCAACGCGAAUGGGCAGAAGUCUCCAUUUCAAACCCGGGAGGUACCCCCGCCGUCACCAACUGGAAGAAAGAGAUCCGGCUCUUCUGGGACUCCUUCUCAGCCUCCACCGAAGCCAGCCAAACCUGCCUCGCCAAAGAGAUCCCAUCACCGCAAGUCUACGCCUAGUGACCAAGCAGCAGCCCCAAAGCGCUCCCACAAGAAGAAGCCCCCGAACCUAGACAUACCACAACCAACGCCACAACCAACACCACAACCAACACCACAACCAACGCCAUAUCCUUUAACACAAUCUGCACCGGCGCAAGCUCGACCGGCCAAAGGCCGCCGCUCCGGGAGGUUUGUUGAGGUAUUGGACAGUCAGGAGCCUGAUGGAAUAACGCCCCUACCGGACGAAGAAAAAGAUGUCCCUAUCCCAAAGAAUCCGUUUGCACGAAUCAAAUUCAAAGUUAAAUCUGUUACUAUACCUCUUACACAUCCUGGACUUGUCCUGCCGCGAUCUAGGCAGUACCCAACACUGAGAGAGUUCUUCGAACAUGGAGCAAACAUAUCUAUUGAGAAUGGUGGGCUGUACGACCCCGACGAGCCUUCUGACUACAGCCAAGACCAAAUCACCAGAGAUACGGUUACGCUUUUACGCGCGGAGGAGGCUGUUCAGCCUGGUGGGAUAUUGAGCCCGGAGAGAUGCUCUGCCUACCAACCUGAGGCAAACGAUGAGAUCCCUCAACAAUAUGCACAUGCAGACCAUAUGACCAGAGCCGCUAUCGAAUUUAGAAGGCUGCUACUGAUCGAGCAAAGGAAGCACAGAGCCACUGCCAAACGACUUGCAGACGCCUGCCAAAUAGAAUGGCGUCGUAGGCAGCCAAAGAGCCAGGCACAGAUCGAUGAGGAGAAUUUCCUGGCCCGGAGGGCCUACUGGACGAGACUAAUCACCAAGCCUCUUGAUGCUAUGUUCGAGAAUGUGAAAGCGGAGGUCAAUCGCCGACGCUUGGUGGAAUGGGAUGCCCAAGAGCAAGCCCGAGUCAGGAAGGCCCUCAGCCAAGCUGUCGAAAUAUCAACGCAAAAAUUGCAAGCCCGAAGAUCGCACAUGGACUCAAAUAUAGCUUCUGACGAGGAAUCGGACGGGUCUGAUGCAUCGGACCAAGACUCUGGGACCGAUGAUGGAUCAAACGAUGGAUCAGAACAGGAAGAAAGGGACAGUAACAUGUCUUCAUCAGAGUCCGAAGCCGAUGAAGACCAGGCUCGAAUAGAUGCGGUUGAUGACGAACAUCUGACCGUGGAUCAACUUCGAGAGAAAUACGCUGCACUGCCUGCUGUAGAACCUGAGCCUAAAGAUGAAGAAAUAGUUGAUGGAGAUGUGAGGCAGGCAAAUGGGUCGAAACCUGACUCAGAUAUCGAAAUGGAAGACACUCGCGAUGAAAGCGACGAGUCGAUUGAUAUGGAUGACGACAUGGGAUCCAGUGACGAAGACAGGGACAGCGACGAGGAGGACCUAUCUGGUGAAGAGGACGAUGAAGACGUGGGAGAAUCCUCGCUUCUCGGUUUCUUGGCCCCUUCCGAACUAAAAGCCGUCGAGCUUGGUAGUGUUGUACCCAUAUCUGAUGCAAUCGAUGGCGAAAACCCUGAGGUUGAAGAGAAACAGAAACCUUUGGCACCAGAUCCCGUAGGUAUAGAGCACUCAACUGAAACAGUUAAUGGAGGCUUGGAAUUGCCUACGAUUCCAGCACCGGAUGUCGAAGAGCCUGCGGAAAUGUCUACUGAGAUAGCUGCGGAGCCGAGCGAGCCAGACGCGGAUGGCCAUUCGAAACAGAUAUCAACAGACUUGGUUCCCAUUAGUCCAGAUCGCAGUAGUCAACCUACUCCAAGGACGACCGAAACAAGACCUUCCGAGGUCGAUUCUGCCUCUUCUGUUGAGCCUCACCAUAGUAGUCGUCAAGUCACACGAAGCGUCACACCAGAAUCUCUGAACAAACCGAAGAUAAGGAUCCCAUUUCUGCUUCGAGGAACACUGAGAGAGUACCAACACUACGGCUUAGAAUGGCUGGCUGGUCUCUACGCCCAAAAUACCAAUGGAAUCUUGGCCGAUGAGAUGGGUCUGGGUAAAACCAUCCAGACCAUUGCUCUGCUAGCUCAUCUCGCUUGUGAGCAUGAAGUUUGGGGCCCGCAUCUUGUCAUUGUGCCCACGAGUGUGAUGUUGAAUUGGGAAAUGGAAUUCAAGAAGUGGUGUCCGGGAUUCAAGAUUCUGACUUACUACGGCAAUCAAGAGGAGCGCAAGAAGAAACGACAAGGCUGGAAGACUGAAGAUACUUGGAACGUAUGUAUCACUUCCUAUCAACUCGUCAUUCAGGAUCAACAAGUCUUCAAACGACGCCAAUGGCAUUAUAUGAUUCUCGAUGAAGCCCACAACAUCAAGAACUUCAACUCCCUGAGGUGGCAGACCAUGCUUAAUUUCAAUACCCGAGCACGGCUUUUGAUCACCGGCACCCCUCUUCAAAACAACCUUACGGAAUUGUGGUCUCUGUUGUAUUUCCUGAUGCCCUCGGAUGGUUCAGGCCAAGGUGUUGCUGGAUUUGCUGAUCUGAAGGAAUUUCAAGAUUGGUUCAAGAAGCCGUCCGAGCAGAUCCUCGAGCACGGCCGAGAACAAAUGGACGACGAGUCAAAAGCAAUUAUCAGCAAGCUACACAGACUUUUGCGGCCUUAUCUGCUGCGACGAUUGAAAGUAGAUGUUGAAAAGCAGAUGCCGGCCAAGUACGAGCAUGUCGAGUUUUGUCGCUUGUCGAAGCGCCAAAGAGAAUUGUAUGAUGGAUUCCUGAGUCGUGGAGAUACGCGAGAUACCUUGGCCGGAGGAAACUACCUGUCGAUUAUCAACUGCUUGAUGCAGCUGAGAAAAGUUUGCAAUCACCCAGAUCUUUUUGUUGAACGAGCAAUCAUGACCUCGUUCCCCAUGGAAAGGUCUGCCCUUGCAGAGUUCGAGAUCAAAGACCUUCUUGUCCGUAGGCGACUCCUUCGCGAAGAUCCCAUGACUAAGGCAAGCUUGGAAUUCCUAAAUCUGGUCCCAACAAAACACGAACGCUUCUCUGGUGCCGUCACUACUCGAAGCGCUGUUCUCAGUGCGCAGCGUGUACUUAUGGACAUGCGUGAAGCUCAGCGUACGCGAGCCCAGAAUGCCUUGACAAGUUUCGAUCCAUUAACGGCGAAAUCGAACCUGACUUAUCUGGAGAGCGCUUCCAGAUGGGGCCGUUUUGAGGAACUUCAGCAUUGUGUUUACCUCAAUGCUCUACGACGGCAGCAAAAACCAAUGUACGGGAGCAAAUUGUUGGAGUUUCUUACUAUUGGUGUCCACGACCGACCUUUCAAACCUCGCCCGGAUAAAAGACAGAAGAUCUUAAAUUGGUUGGAGACUCGCUCCCCGGCUUUGAUGUCAAUGGUCCCCAGUCUAGAGGCCAGAUCCGAAUCUCUCAACACAACCAUCCAAAAGUUCGCUUGCGUAACACCUCCUGUCGUUGCGAGAGAUAUAAACUCCACGAUCCUCUCCCCCAAAAGCUUGGGCACGGUUCAAAGUACCAUCACCAGCUCUGAAAUCGAUCCAUUCCACGAGGCACGCAUGAGGCUUUCCAUUCAAUUUCCCGAUAAGAGAUUGCUCCAGUACGACUGUGGAAAAUUACAGACUCUCGCGAAGCUCCUCCGCAGAUUAGAAGCGGGUGGCCACCGAGCUUUGAUCUUUACCCAGAUGACGAAAGUCCUGGAUAUUCUCGAACAGUUCCUCAACAUCCACGGCCACAAAUACCUUCGCCUGGACGGAUCGACGAAGAUCGAACAGCGUCAGGUGCUUACGGAUCGCUUCAACAACGACAAACGGAUUCUUGCCUUUAUCCUCUCAACUCGGUCUGGUGGAUUGGGCAUCAACCUUACUGGAGCCGACACUGUCAUUUUCUACGACCUUGACUGGAAUCCGGCCAUGGACAAACAAUGCCAAGAUAGAUGUCAUCGUAUUGGACAAACCCGUGAUGUUCACAUAUAUCGACUGGUAUCGGAACACACCAUCGAGGCGAACAUUCUUCGCAAGGCUAACCAGAAGCAAAUGCUAGACGACGUGGUCAUUCAGGAGGGAGAAUUCACGACUGACCACUUCAAUAAAAUACCUGUCCGAGACGUAAUUGCUGCGGAUCCGGACCUCCUCGAUGGCGAUCGAGCUGCCAACGAUGCAAUGGAUCGUGUCUUGGGAGGACCUGGCACAAACAAGAACGUAUCUCAUGUCCUCGCACAAGCUGAGGACCAAGAGGACGUAGCAGCAGCCAAGGUAGCUGAGCGAGAAAUCGUCCAGACAGACGCUGCGGAUUUCGACGAGAAUGCUGCUAUCGCCUCAGCACCCACGUCCGCCGGAACUCCGCGAGACGGCGCUCCUACACCAGCUGCCGACGAUACCCCUGCCAUAGACGAAGUGAUCGAGGACGAUGAGAAUAACGCAUGGGGAGAGCCUAUUCAAUCGAUAGACGAGUACUUGUUGAGAUUGGUAGCGGAUCAGCUCAAAAGCACCCCGUUGGAGCUUCCCAAAGAUAAGACCCUCACCACCCUCAACCUCGAUCCAGUGUUGAGCACUGGCAGUAUCUGA